AUGGAUCAAAAUGUCAACCACUGCAGGAUCGCCGUCAAGGGCAAGAAGUGGUGGUGGCCGAUCUUCACAUGGCUUCUGGACACGGCAGUCCACAACGCCUGGCGUCUUUACUGCCGCGCUGGCGGCACGAUGACUUAUGUCCAGUUCCGUCGCGAGUACGCCUGCACCAUCCUGCGACGAUGGGCCAGGGGGAGCAAGCCCAUGAUGAACCGCAACCUUGCGGCUCCAGGAUCCGAAGCCAUCCGCUUCGACGGGAUGGGACACAUCAUCAUCAAGGCCCCGUCACGGGGGACCUGCCGGAAUGAAGGCUGCACGGCGAAGGUGGGAACCAAGUGCGUGAAGUGUGCUGUGUUCCUGUGCGUCAACUGCUUCGCCGGCUUCCAUGGCGUCGCCCAGUGA